UGGCGCUCGCAAGAUGGCGGCGGGGCCGGCGGUCUGAGGCGUGAGCGCGUCGCCGCCGCCCCCCCCUCCGGCGCCUCCUUUCCCCCUGCCCGGCCCCGCAGCCGGCGGGAUGCUGAGAUCCACCGGCUACUUCCGCGGCAUCGACUGCCCCUUCCUCACCGCCGGGGGGCCGGGCGGGGGACCCUGCCGCCGGCCCUACUGCCACUUCCGGCACCCCCCGGUGGCGGCGGCGGCUGCGGCCCGGUGCGGACCCUCCGGUGGCCCCGGCGUGGGGGUCGCGCUCGGCCAUGGCGCAGAGCGAGGCUACGACCCCUACAACCCUGAGCUCCCGAGGCCCUCGCUGGAGGAGGAGGAGGAGGAGGAUGAUGGUGCCCUGCCUGCCAUCCCUGACGUGACCCCUGGCAUCCUGGAGCUGGAGCUGGUCAACAAAGCCAUUGAGGCUGUCAAAAAUGAAGUGGAGAGAGAGCAGAAGAAGUAUGAGGAGCUGCUGGAAACCACCAAGGAGCUGAGCGCUUCCGAGGCCUCCGCGCUCCUCUCCGGCGCGGCCGUGGCAGCGGCCGGCGCGCAGGGCGAUGCCUUCAGCUCCCUGGAGUACAACCCAGGCAGCUACAGCUUCACCAACAGCUCAGACUACAACCCCACUCCUCUUGCUGCUGCUGCUGGCCGCUCCAGCAAGUACACCCUGGAGACCUCCCGCCCCAAAGGCAGCGCCCUGGAGUACGUCCCCAAGGCCGUGGCGCAGAGUAGGAAGUACAGCAGCACCGUCACCAACACCAAGUACGUGAUUGACGACUCCAAGCCUUCCACAGACCUGGAGUACGACCCACUCUCGAACUACUCGGCCAGGCUCCUGAGCAAGGCCACGGUGAAGGAGGCCAAGGGCUCCAAGAGGGGCAGGCCGGCGAGUUACGAGGAGUCCUACUCGCCGUCGCGGAAGAAGCUCUGCGAAGCGCUCGAUGACGACGACGAGGUGUGUGCCAGGUUCUCCUCCUCUGAAGAUGAAGCUGAUGUGGACUACAAGUCAGCUUCUGUUAGCUCCCAGUCCAAAGGGGAUUCUGAAAGCGAGUCCAACGAUGGCCUGACCCCCCAGGAGCAGAGCUCCAGACGGGGAGGCUUCGCUCCCCUGGACGGCAAAGAAGCGGCGGCGCGGGGCACGGCGGCGGCGCAGGGCGCCGGAGACCUCCCAGGGGCGCAGAAGAACCUGGGCAAAACUGUGGCAGACAAGAAUGCCAAAGCAGUGAAGCUGUCCUCUGGUAAGAGGGAGCAGGAGAGUGAAAACAAAAGCAGAGAGUCGAAGGACAAAACGAAGAAGAAGAAGUCGGAGGGUGGCAAAGCGCCUGGCCCGGCAGAGGCUGGGAAGAAGGAGAGAAGCAAAACUGCAGAGAGGGAGAAAGGGCUGAGGAAAGAGGAAAAGACAAAGGGUAAGAACGAAGAGAAGAGCUGCAAAGAGAAAAGUGUCAAAGUGAAAGCUGAAGGGAGCGGCAAGAAACCUGACAAACACAAGGCAGAAAAGGGAGAAGGCCUCAAGAAAGACAAAGCCAAGGCCUCCAGCAGCGGUUCGGGGAAGGGCAAGGGCGAGAGCGGCAGCAAAGGCUCCGGCACGGAGAAGCUGGGGAGCGGCAAGAAGGACUCCAAGCUGAGAACAGCUGAGGUGAAGAACGGGAAGGAAAGCUCUGGGCGUAAGAGCAAAGAGAAAGAGAGCAAGGCUCCAGCAGGGGAGCGGCAGAAGGGGAAGGGCAGGGCUGCGGACAAGGGAGACCCCAAGAAGGGGCGGAAGCAGAGGAGCCUGAGCCACGUCGACCUGUUUGGAGAUGAGAGUGGAGAUGAUGAUGACAGAGGAAGGCCUCUGCCAGCCACCUUGCUUGAGGUCAGCUCAGACUCGGAUGGGGAUGACUCUGGGUCAGACUCAGAGAGUGACAGUGGAGGGGCAAAGAAAGUGAAGCGCUCCAAGCUGGCCGAGUCCUCCUCUUCCUCCUCCUCUUCUUCCUCUUCCUCCUCCUCCUCCACGUCCGAUGACAUUGAUUAUUCCAUCCUGGAGAAGGACCUGGACUUCGAGUCAGACCCCAUGGAGGAGUGCCUCAGGAUUUUCAAUGAGUCUACAGAUGUGAAAACUGAGGACAAGGGCAGGCUGGGCAAACAGCUGUCCAAGGAGGAGGGCACUGAAGAAAAGCCAGAAGAUAACUUGACCACCUUGUUCCCUGGCCAGAAGAGGAGGAUCUCCCAUCUUGUCAAACAAGGCAAUGCAGAGGUGCCCAGCAAGCCUGUGAUCCGGCCCUACCGGCCCCCCACCGCCCAGGAGGUUUGCUACCAGAGGAUCCAGCUGGCCCAGCAGCAGGCGGCACAGCUGGCUGUGGCCGUCCAGAAGGCCUCUCUCUCUUUGCCAGGAGAAAAGAAGAGGAUUGCCCACGUGCCAAAUGCAGCCUUCUCUGCAGCAGCCAGACAAAGCCUGGCAAACAGCAAGACCGCUGCUGCUGGCAAGAGCCUUCCACCUUCCCAUGACUCUGAGGCCCCCUCCCUUCCUCUGAAGGCUUGCACCUUAGCUGGGAUGGCUUCAAAGACCACCAGCACCAUCGUGCCAAAAAGGGUGGCACACGUCCCCUCCUUGCAGAGCACCAGCUUACAGAGGCCUGUUAUUCCCACAGAAUUUGGUGCUAAAGUCCCCACAAACAUCCGUCAGAGAUAUCUCAACCUCUUCAUCGAUGAGUGCCUAAAGUUCUGCUCCACCUCUCAGGAAGCCUUUGACAAGGCCCUGGCAGAGGAGAAGGUAGCCUACGAGCGCAGCACCAGUCGCAACAUCUACCUGAACGUGGCGGUGAACACCCUGAAGAAGCUCCGAAGCCUCGUGCCCAAUUCCCCUACCAGUACAACCAAGACAAGUAACAAGAAGGUGGUGUCCCACGAAGCUGUGCUGGGAGGGAAGCUUGCAGCUAAGACCAGCUUCACCCUGAACCGCUCAGGGAGCUUGAGAGCAGAGGAUCUGACAGGAGCUGCCCUGUACCGCCGGCUGAAGGGCUACCUGAUGAGCGAGGAGCAGCUGAAGGAGAACGGCUACCCCAUGCCGCACCCUGAGAAGCCUGGCAGGGCUGUGCUCUUCACUGCAGAGGAGAAGAAGACCACUGACUCCUCCUGCAGGAUCUGCUGUCGCUGUGGCACGGAGUACAUGGUGACAGCCUCGGGGAGCUGCCUGCGCAAGGAGGAGUGCGUCCACCACUGGGGGCGGCUGCGCAAGCAGAGAGUGCCAGGAGGAUGGGAAACCCAUUACAGCUGCUGCUCAGGAGCUGUGGGGUCACCAGGCUGCCAGGUUGCUAAACAACACGUCCACGACGGGCGGAAGGAGAGCCUGGAUGGCUUUGUCAAGACCUUUGAGAAGCUGCCUACAACUGAUGGCUACCCUGGCAUCUAUGCCUUAGACUGUGAAAUGUGCUACACCAAGCAAGGCCUGGAGCUGACAAGAGUCACUGUGAUCAACUCUGACCUGAAGGUGGUCUAUGACACCUUUGUCAAACCAGACACCAAGGUGGUGGACUACAACACCAGAUUCUCUGGUGUGACAGAAGAGGACCUGGAGAACACAAGCAUCACCCUGAGGGACGUCCAGGCUGUCCUGCUGAACAUGUUCAGUGCAGACACCAUCCUGAUAGGGCACAGCUUGGAGAGUGACUUAUUUGCACUAAAGCUGAUCCAUGGCACCGUGGUGGACACUGCCAUCGUCUUCCCGCACCGCCUGGGGCUGCCCUACAAGCGAGCCCUGCGCACGCUGAUGGCCGACUACCUCAAGCGCAUCAUCCAGGACAGCGUUGGAGGGCACGACUCGAGCGAGGACGCCAGGGCCUGCAUGGAGCUGAUGGUCUGGAAGAUCAAAGAAGAUGCCAAGGUGAAACGAUGACCUGGAGCCUUCUGUCUCCCUGCUGCUCCUGCUCCAGCUCCUCGAAGCAGUGCAAUAAAAGCUCCGCCGCAGCCGCAUGCUCCCCCAGCCCCCC